CAAGGAGAAACUUUGCUAUGUCGCCCUGGACUUCGAACAGGAAAUGGCCACCGCCGCGGCCAGCACCUCUCUCGAGAAGAGCUACGAGUUGCCUGACGGACAGGUGAUCACCAUUGGUAACGAGAGGUUCCGUUGCCCCGAGGCUCUCUUCCAACCGUCCUUCUUGGGUAUGGAAUCCUGCGGUAUCCACGAGACCGUGUACAACUCCAUCAUGAAGUGCGACGUCGACAUCCGUAAGGACCUGUACGCCAACAACGUACUCUCCGGUGGUACCACCAUGUACCCCGGUAUCGCUGACCGU